AUGAAGUUCCACGACUGGUGGUACGACAGCCGCACAGCAACCAUCAACUUUAUCACAGAGUACUUCACGAGCGGCACGCUGCGGCAGUACCGCAAGAAGCACCGCGCCAUCAGCGAGACGGCCAUCAAGCGCUGGGCAUACCAGAUACUGGAGGGCCUCGUGUACCUGCAUGCUCAUGACCCGCCCAUCGUGCACAGCGGCAGCAGCAGCGGCAGCAGCAGCGGCAGCAGCAGCGGCAGCAGCGACAGCAGCGACAGCAGCGGCAGCAGCGGCGACCGGCUCAGCUCGCUGCAGGACCUCAAAUGCGACAACAUCCUGGUCAACGGGACGAGCGGCGUGGUCAAGAUUGCAGACCUGGGGCUGGCGUCCUGCAGGCGCGGCCUGAGCGUGGUUGGCACGCCAGAGUUCAUGGCCCCUGAGAUUUACGACGAGGUUUACGACGAGAAGGCGGGUGGCUGA